AUGACCUCCACAUCACCCGAAUCACUGGAAGCGAAGCUCGUGGUCCUCGGCUCGCAAGGCGUAGGCAAGACAUCGCUUGUGCACCGGCAUGUCAAGAGUGCCUUCAUACCACCCAGUAAAGCCCAGUCCACCGUCGGCGCGUCCUUCACGAUCUCCACCUUGAAAGACCCGGAGACUGGAUCACAAAUCCGCUUGCAGAUAUGGGAUACAGCAGGCCAAGAGCGCUUCCGCUCGAUCUCGAGAUUGUACUAUAGAGGCGCGCAGGCCGCGAUCCUCUGCUACGACGUGACUUCCAAGAAGAGCUUCGAUGAUGUCGGUGUUUGGAUGAAGGAAUUGAAGGACAACUGCGGCGGGGAUAUCAUUGUACAGGUCGUGGGCACGAAGGCGGAUGUGGCUACCGCGCAGCCGGAGAGGAGGGAAGUCCCCUUCGAAUGGUCAAUGAACUAUGUCGCGGAACAUCUCGACGGGAGGACGGCUACAGCGGCGCCUGUAGUGGCUGGAUCCUGGGGUCCGCAGAGCACGGCUGCGACUCAGAUGAGCCCGACGAGCAAUCGGUCUUCGGAGUACUGGGGACAGGAGCAUAUCUGGGAUUGUGCGCAUGAGGUCAGCGCGAAGGAUGGGGAGGGCAUUGAAGAGGUUUUCAGGAUCAUCACGCGGAAGUUGGUUGAGCAGCACCAUCGGAAGCUGGAGCAUUUGAAGUUGCUCGAGAACUUGAACAUGCGAGGCAAAACUCCCGGUGUUGAGGGCGGAGAUGGCUACUUUGAUCUGCCCAAGGGUGGGAAUGGGUCCUUUAGAGUGGGCUACGGCGAUAAGAGGAGAAGCUGGCUUGGGGCCAUUACGCCUGGGGCGUUGACGAGCUACAGCGAUGAUACGGAGGUUAAUGACGAUGCUGCAAAGGGUGUGAAGCAGGGUAGGUGUUGUUAG